AUGGUGCAGACUAGGACAGAAGUGACCGCGCAAACUAAGACAUCCUUCGGCCGGGAAGCUUCUCGCGAUUUUGGUAGCAUUGGGGCUUUGUCGCUGAGACCCAUUUUCCUUCCAUUCCACCUACCUGCAUCAGCUUGUUGGUCACUGCGGCAGCCGACCUACAGCUUGCCGAGAGCCUAUCAAAAUCAGGCGGCACCUGAUGCGUUUUUGAAGCCAUUGAGCAAUUCCUGUGGAUUGCCUAGCACUUGCAUUGCAUUCCACCUCGUUCUCAUCCACCGCAACAUCCCCUCCCCCUCGUCACAUGACAACGCAGCUCGGCCAAAUCAGCCGGGACUAAAUCAUUCCAUGCUGAUCGCCCGCCUUCGCAACUUUGCGUCUGCAGGCAUGCUUGACGCUCGGAGUGAGGCUAUCUACAGCCUUGAUUCCAUCUUUGAAAUAUUCUUGCCCCUUGAUGUUCCUUUUCGACAAUGGCUCGAGAUAAGACAACGCCUAUUCGUCGAUUUCGGCAAGCCUGCGGCCUGA